GAGUACAUCGACUUCCUGAAAGGCUGGGAAACGGCCACUCAGUACGAUGCCAGUACAAAGAUGGUGACAUUGCGAGAGACCUACCAACAAGCGGUGGUCAAUCCAAUACAGGUAUUCAGUACACGUGUGUACAUGUCUCUGAAUGUUGAAGGCUUCUGGAAAGAAUACGACCAGUACGAAAACGGACUCAACAAACUGACAGCGCGCAAACUACUGCAGGUAUGA